AUGCCAGCACAGAACGAAUAUACACCACCCAAAUCAUACCACUCGCUCUGCUCGACCUACCUCACAAGCAAACUCAACACUCGAAGACAACUCGUCGUUAUAGAUCACCCUGAGAUCCCCAUAGCAUCCCUUGGGUUUUUCGAAACUGUCACCCCGACUGUGCCGGAAGAGAUGCUACAGGCUAUCUUGGGCAAGUUGAAGGGGAGUGGCUCCAUUACGAAUAGCGGGCGAAUGCACGGCUUCGCCUCGAAUGAUCCCAAGGAGAGCGAGCAGCUUGAGAGCCAUGUCUUCGCUCAUGUGCACAAAUUCUCGGAGGCGAUUAUACUUGCAGGCGAGCAGUACACAGGGCAACAAACGUGCAUGAUAAUGACCAACACUGAGAGAUCGAACAACUCGCGCCCCGAUCGUUACGGGAGCUCCGUCUUGCGCAUUACACAAAAGAGCAGCAAGUUCCAGAGGAUGAUUUAUGGAGUGGCAUGA